AUAGAAAAAAAUCAGACCUAUAACCUUACUGCAGUGGCUUGUAGACUUGUUUUGCUGCGGAAAGUUCAAGUGAAAAUCCAUUAAAACUGUGGGCCUCACCCGUCUACUACUCGACCUUAAGUAACUACAGUUAGAAGGAUCCAUCCAAUAGCUUAAUGACUUGCUUGGGUCAUCUAAGUGGUAAGGCCUCCUCCGAUCGACCCUAAGUCUCCAAGUCUUCAUCCUCUAUUCACUAAGAGGGAGUGAGUUGGGUCCUCCUUUAUUUUUGAGAUUAUAUAUCUCAUGUUCUAAGGGGAUUUAUCAGUCAAUAUUCUUGAGCGACUUGAUUAGCUGUUGUAACAGGACAAUAUUAUAAAAAUCGCAUUUUAAGAAGACUUAUCUAUCGAUAUCUGAGUGACUUAUAACAGUGUUUGGGAUAUGAUGCUUGCUGUAUCUGCACCAUUGAGCUACAAAAAUGAAAGGGAAAAUUAUGAUUUCUUCCAAGAUUUUCCCGAUGGGAAUUUAAUCGACACCAUCGAUUUCGAUGACCCUUUCGAGGGAAUCAACGAUGGAGAUUUUCUGCCAGAUUUGGAAAUUUUUGCAGAAUUUUCAGUUAGUAGUUGUGAAGAAUCUGCUACUAACGUAAAUAUGAAAUCCAAGUCAAAAGAAACCAAAAAAUCAUCUAGCCAAAUCAAGAAUCCUCAAGGGAAGAGGAAAAUUAAGGUGGAUUGGACUCCAGAGCUACAUAGGAAAUUUGUAAAAGCAGUAGAUAAAUUAGGUGUAGAUAAAGCAGUCCCAUCAAGAAUUUUAGAGCUUAUGGAUACCCAUGGACUAACUCGCCAUAACAUUGCUAGCCAUCUUCAAAAAUAUCGAGCUCAUCGAAAACAUUUGCAAGCGAGAGAAGCUGAGGCGGCAAGCUUGAGCCAGAGGAAGCAAGCCACCGCGGUCGGAGGCGGAGGAAAGAGAAUUAUGAUGAACCCAUGUCCAGCACCACCAACCAUGGGUUUUCCACCCAUGGCUCAUCAUAUUAGACCCUCACAUGUUUGGGGGCAUCCACAUGUGAAUAAUUCCUUUUGGCAUCCACAUUAUCAAGGGGUAUUAAAUUCUCUUGCAUUUGGCACUCCUUGCUUUCUUGCGCCCAUAGCGCCCACGAGAUUUGCAGCACCUCUUAUGGUCCCGGGCAUCCCACCACCCCCUGCCAUCAUCAAAGUUGACACAAUUUCCUCUGAUUUGCAUCCUUCAAAAGAGAGCAUAGAUGCAGCUAUUGAAGAUGUUUUAUCAAAGCCACAAAUGCCACUUCCCAUAGGACUGAAACCUCCAUCAAUUGACAGUGUGUUGAAUGAAUUACAAUAUCAAGGGAUUACAAAAAUACCCCCAACUUGAUUUUAUAAUAAUCAAGGUAAAAAAAUUUUGAGGGGAUUUUGUUGAUUUUUUUUUUUUACAUUCUACGAUAUUUCUCGCACUUGAUGUAUUUUUUUGUACCUGAUGUAUAUACAAUGAAGAAAAGAAAAGAAAAGAAAAGAAAAAAAGUGUUCAAAGGUCUUUGUCCUUUGAUACGUGUGAUAAGAAUUAUAAUUUCAUA